AGAUCGCACCCCAUAUAUAAUGUCUUCACGAAACCCGCAUUCUCCCUUUCAGCGUCAAUCGAGCACACAGCCCUGAAGAGAAUCCGUCCGUCGUCCCUCGAGAAUCUGUCUCUCCGCCACAAGCAAUGUCUGCCGGAGAGCUCGCUUGCACCUACGCCGUCUUGAUCCUCCACGAUGACGGCAUCCCAGUCACCGCGGAGAAGAUUGCUUCUUUGGUCAAGGCAGCGAACGUCAGUGUCGAGUCCUACUGGCCUGGCUUGUUCGCCAAGUUGGCCGAGAAGAGGAAUAUCGAAGAUCUGGUCAUGAACGUCGGAUCCGGCGGUGGGGCCGCUCCGAUGGCCGUCGCUGCGCCGUCUGGCGGCGCCGCUCCUGCCGCCGCCGCUCCGGCCGCCGAGGAGAAGAAGGAGGAACCAAAGGAAGAGAGUGACGAUGACAUGGGAUUCAGCUUGUUUGAUUAGGGGCUAUUAGAAAUUCUAUUUGAGUGUUCUAUUACUUCUAAAUUUUGUUUAGUUUUACAAAGUUUGUCAAGCGGUGUACUUUUGACAAUUAGUCUUGAACUUAAUGUUUGGUUCGUCCAAUCGGGAAUUGUUUUCUCUACUUUGUAUGACUGCUGGGUUUACUUAGUUAUGAGAAUGGAUGGAUUUCAUGUCAA